AGUCCACAAUAACAUUGCAAACACGUGCAGUAGUACGCGCGCUGUGGACCUGUUGUUUUCUUAACUCAAAUUUAAUGAUAAAAUGGGUCUAACUAAACAAUAUUUGGCGUAUCGCGCCAUAGACAGUUUUAACAUAAUCGCUUCUGGUCGCGCCAAUGUAAAUUUCGCCGUACUUGAGAAGAGCGAGGGCCGUUUUGCUGCAGCUCCGGCAGCUGAGAAUGUUAUCAUUUGGGAUUUGCGGAUGGGCGAUCGUAAGUUGACGCUACGCCGUGAAAAGCAAGAAGUCACCGCCUUGCGCGUCUCACCUGAUCAUCUACACAUUGCCGUGGGCUAUGCGGAUGGCGUGGUUCAGAUCUAUGAUCUAAGCUCACGCACUUAUUACGAUGCAAUUUGCUCUUUGGCGCUACACAAAAACGCCGUCAGCGUGCUGCGHUACGACGCGCAUGGUAUGCGGCUAGUCAGCGGCGGUCUGGACACAGAGCUCGUCGUUGUAGAUGUGGUCGAGCAGGCGGGACGUCAACGUCUGAGCGGCCACAAUGCAGCCGUCACGGAUGCGCACUUCUUGCAACGAUUAGUCGAGCAGGACAUUGUGGUUAGCUGUUCAAAGGAUACACAAAUCAAGUUUUGGAACUUGGAAACGCAGUUCUGCUUCAAAACUAUCGUCGACAAUCGCACCGAAAUAUGGGGCUUGGCCUUGAUAAACGAUUUAAUGGUUGCUGGCGCUGGUGAGAGCGGUAUGAAUGUCUAUCGACUGCGCAAGCGGGAAGGCAAUGCAGCGCAAUCACUGGAGAAAGCUGUCGAGGGCCUGGCCAUAGAUGACGAGGAUACAAUAAGUCCGYUGUCCGUCAGUAACUGCGGCACAAUACAACGUGCGGGCAAAGGACGCACCGUAAAUUUGGUGGUCGAUCCCAACGAGCGUGUGUUAAGCUGUCACGGCACGAAUGAUCUUAUUGAAAACUUUUACAUAUGCAAUGCAGAGGAAGCCAAGCAACGACUGGCCAAGCGACUGAAAAAGGCGCGCAAAAAGAUUCAGGAGAGUGGCGAGCAACAAGAGAAUGAGGAGCAUCUUUCCAAAGAGCUAUCACUCAGCGAUGAAAUUAAGCGCUUGGAAAGCAUCAAAACGAGACAGAAAAUCAAAUCUAUUGAUGUACUACUUGGCCAGAACCAAGAGCUCCGCGUGUUGGUCAGCCUGUCCAAUAACAGCAUGAGCCUGUACUCUCUCGAGGCUUCGCUCAAGUCGCGGAAGCCAAAGGCUAAGUCAAGUGAAACCACGGACAGCAGCGUUAAGCUUUUGCGUUCG